AUGAAGAACGGAGAAUCAGUUAAUGACUAUUUUCCUCGAACUCUCACAAUUGCAAAUAAGAUGAGGAUGUAUGGUGAACGGGUGUCUGAUUUUAAUGUCAUUAAGAAGAUUCUCUGCUCAAUGACCUCAAGGUACAAUUAUGUAGUGUGUUCCAUUGAAGAAUCUCAUGAUUUGGACACCAUGACUGUAGAUGAACUCCAAAGCAGCUUGUUAGUUCACGAGCAAUGGAUAAAUGGCCACAAUGCGCAAGACGAGCAAGUGUUAAAGGUUGCGCAAGAUGAGACAGGUGCUAGAUGUGGACGUGGAAGAGGAGUUUUUCGAGGUGGAAAUGUUCAAGGAAGAGGUAGAGGUAGAGUGAUGGAAUCAUGCUUAGGAAAGCAAGGGGUGACAUAUUGA